AUGAACGCAACCAUGCUGGCCAUGCUGCUGUUCUCUUUCUUCUUGUUCCUCCCUUGCAUGGGCUUCCAACCAGCCCUCAAGGUCCACGAUCUUGACUCCACCCUCUCUGACCUGACAGGUAUCGAACUCUCUUCCAACAAGGUUCGCAUCACCGAAGGCAUGCACACCAUCAUUGACACCAUGCACAAAGUCGAGAAGCUCCCUUCAUGUCAGAAGCUGGCUUCGAAAGCUCUCCUUAACACUUGCUCUGAAAUUGAUCAUGCUACUAGUCUCGCUACUGACAAAGGUGUCGAUGUCAUGCUCGAACGCUCCAAGUCCAUCUAUGCUACGCGUCUGGCUAUCUGCGAACUCAUGGAUGCCAACGCCAACAUUCCCUCAUCUUGCUCACCCUUCAGGCCUGUCGAGCAUGCUUCGAAGUUCAAUGGUUUCCGAGGUUUCAUUGUCAACGGUCGCUUCACCAGACCCACAGCUCCUCGCGAUUUUGAUGACAGUCGAGAUCUUGAUGAUUGCUCCGCUUCUCUUUCCUCGCAACCUGUGUGGUGGACUAGCUACUCAAACGCUCGCCAAAACGCGGUCCUGCUCUGCCAUUCUAUGAGGGCGGAACUGGACAAGGAUGACAUGAUCGAGAAAAUGAAGCUCAUGUUCGAGGCAGUCUUGGAAGCAUCCAGUGUCAUGGCAGACACGACUGAUGAGCACCGCGCUUUCGAGAAGCAAUGGACUGAAAUGGGCAAGAACAUGCAGGCCUUUCAUCUUGCGCUAAAUACAGAUCUUGACAUGCAGAGUCGCAUUGUUCAACAGUGGGCAAGUUUCCAAGCCAAUGUUCAGGACCUCGACGACAAUAUCCAAAACCUUGGCAGGGAUGUCGAAAGAGUCCGCNGAAGUAGGUUGAGUAUCUCUAUCACCAUUCGACUUGACGCUGACGGAAAGCAGACAUCUUCUCAUAUCACUUCGGACCUUGAAAGCCAUCGUCUCCGGGCUCAGGAAGCACAAGCAGACGUGACCCAGCACCUCGGUCAGGUUCUUGACAUUGCCGUACAGAUUGAUCGGUCUCAUGNNGAACUUGCAUAUACGCUGGCUCGUAACGCCGACACUGCGAGGGCACUUCACCGCCAGACCGAGAUUCUGCUAGACGCCAUAUUCACUGUGACGGAAAACGUGACAGACGCCGCAAGAACCGUUUCUGAAUUCCACAACGAUAUCCACAACCUACCUACCAAAGUCAUCCAACAAGUCUUCGAAGCUUCGCUCGGUGGCUUCCCUUCCGGCUGCGUAUCGGUUGUGCUACUGUCUAUCUUAUGGUGUCUCGCAUUUGCUGCUCUCGACACUUGGGGCCUGUUACGCGCAAGAAGCUCGGUCGUUGCAUCGCUCGGCAUGGCAAUCGCCUUCACUUAUCUUGUGCUCGCAAUCCCUCAGAUCGCCGAAGCUCCCGCAAUCAGUGUCCUAGGCAUUGUCGCAGUCACGUCCACUGCAGCCUUUGUUUGCAAGCUUUGGUACAAACAACAGAAGAUCUCGAAUUCGUCAACUCUUUUGAACAGCGUCAACGAGGACUUGAAGCAAUCAGUCCCACUGUCGCAGCCACUUUCCAACACUGGUCCACUCCUUCCUUGA